GUUUGAUAGGCUUAAUGGUAACGUUCUUGGAACAUGUUUUUCUUAGACUGACUGACAUUGUGUCGCAAUAAUCUCAGACGUAUUGACAUAAUAAAUAUGAUUUGAGAUUACUGGUGUAAUUUCAGAAUGUGAGAACGAUGCAGUGGCGGUGUUCUUGUUUGAUGGGGAAGUGAAAGGAGCUUCUCGAUGUGGAAGCGUCGCCAUUAACGAGGAACUCAGAGGAACGGUCGCAGUCAGACGGAAUAUGACAUGUUCUCCGGUUGAGUAGAUGAGAGGCUCGGUGAGAGAUGGACGAAUCUGUGCGCAUCAGGGUCGAGGUGAUCCGUGAUGAGUGUCUGCGGGGCUGGAGGAGCGUCGGAACCGGCGGGUUCGGUCAGAUCUACCGGGCGAAGCACAAGACCCUGGGGAUGGACGUGGCCAUCAAGUUAUUACAUUAUAAAGACGGCAGAUCUGCGUCCUCCAUCCAGAGGGAAGCUCACCUGAUGUUCCAGGGUGGGAAUCCUAACGUGAUCAGGAUCUUGGGUCUGUACGAGGGCCGUGUGGGCGGCGCGGGGCUGCAGUCGGGGCUGGUGAUGGAGUUCAUGCCCAAGGGUUCGCUGGCUGAUCUGCUGCAGAAGCUGACCGGGCCGCCGCCGUGGCCUCUGACCUUCCGCAUGGCGCACGAGAUCGGCCUGGGCAUGAACUUCCUCCAUCAUCUGUCCCCUCCGCUCCUGCAUCUGGACCUCAAGCCCAGCAACGUGCUGCUGGACGACAGCCUCAGAGCCAAGCUCACAGAUUUCGGUCUGUCUCGAGUGGCUCGAAGCGUUUCUAGAUGCUCCAGAGAUAAAGACGAUGAUGAUGGAGGAACACUGAGCUACAUGCCUCCUGAAGCGCUGCAGUCGCUCAACUACAAAGCCUGCAAAGCCACUGACGUCUACAGUUACGGCGUUCUGCUGUGGUCCAUGGUCACCGGGAAGGAGCCGUAUGAAGGCGCUCUGUCCAAUCUGGUGCGCUUCCGGAUCCCUCAGGGGGACAGACCUGACCUGACCUCCAUAGACCACCGCGGGGUUAAAGGUCUGGAAGAUAUGGUGCGGCUCAUGACUGAGUGCUGGCAUCAGGAUCCCAGCAGCAGACCGUCGUUCCUCGACUGUGUUCAUGUGACUGAGAAGAUCUUUCAGAUGCACAGACAGGGACUCAAUGAGGCCGUCUAUGGUGUUCUGAAGCAGCUGGAGGAUGACAUUUGUUUACGGGUUUGAAAAUCAGUCCAGAUCAGCCGUAAAACACACAAUGAAGCACCGCCUCAGGUUUCGUCCUGCAUCACUGGACCACUUCCUAAACAGGAAACAGCUGCCAGUUACACAAAAUCCAUGAAGAAAGGUAAUCUGAGCUCCAGA